CCACCACAACCACCAACCAUAUAUAAAUGCGCGUCAAGCUUAUCGAAAGAAUUUGACGACUCAUCCAUUUAUUUCAUCAUCGAUUUGGUUUGGGUGGUUUUUUCUGGAAACGAGAAACUUGAUUUCUUUUUUUCUUUUUCUUCAUUUGGAUUUUUUUUUGUUGGGAUUUUCGAAAUUCUUGAUCAUUUAAUUUGGCAUCCAGCCUCGAAAACAAUAUGGAUCGUAAACAUUCAUUAUCAAGUUCUUCGUCGAUUAGUUUUCGUUCUAAUUAUAAUCGAAAAAAAACUAAAAAAGAUGAUGAAGAUGAUGAAAAACGUGGCCAUUAUAAUGAUGAUAAUAAUCGAAAUUAUGGUGGUAAUAGACGAAAUUAUGAUAAUCGUUAUGUACCAUCAUUUACUGAAUCUGAACGUUUAAAUGAACAUGAUGAUUAUCAUCAUCAUCAUCGUCAACAACAACAUAAUCGUUAUUCAUCUGGUAGAUCAUCAAACAGAGAUUAUAAUAGAGGUGGUGAUGAUAAUUAUCAUCAUCAUCAUCAUCAACAUCAUCAUCAUUCGGAUAAUCGGCCACGAAGAGAUUUUAAUGAUGAUCAUGGUCAUCGUCAUCAUUCGGAUUCUAUGGAUCGAUCGCGACGUGAUUUCAAAGAUGAUGACCACCAACAUCGUCAUCGUCAUCAUCAUCAGGAUUCAACAAAUCGACCGAAAAGAAAUGAUGAUAAUGAUGAACUGCGUCAACAAAAUCGUUCAACAAUAAUACGUAAUGUUUCGGAUCGACAACAACAACAAUCAUCAACCGAAAUGACAUCAUUAAAUUCUUCAUUUAGUACAUUAUUGGGACAAAAUUCUCGCGAAGGAGGAGGUAAAAAACCAUAUCAUCAUUCAUCAUUACCGGAAUUUCCCGUAUCAAAAAAUUAUGAAAUUGCUGUUGCCAAACAACCACCAGUUGAACAACAAGGUGAAUCAAAAAAAUUGACCGGUAAUUAUUUUAAAUUAUCCACUCGAAAGAUACUUGUAUAUCAUUAUGAUGUACAAUUUAGUCAAUAUUCAAAAGAUUCGAAAGAAAAAAAAUCUUCGAUUGAAAUCACGAAAAGUGAAAAUGAAAAAUUGGAAAAUUUGGUCAAAGAUAAAGUAGGAGCGAGUGGUUCGGGUGAUCAAAAUAUUGAUUCAACAACCGCAGAACCAAAAAUUGAUGAUCGUGAAAAAAUAUUUUUAAAACGUAAUUCAUAUCGUAUUAUUGAACAAUUUGUUAAAGAAAAUUCCAAACAUUUCAAUCUACCAUAUGUUUAUGAUGGUUGGGCAAAUUUAUAUAUUUGUCAUCAAUUGAAAAUUGAAGAUUUUAUCAAUGAUAUUGAUUAUGUUGCUGGUUGUGGUGGUGAUAGGGAUGGUGGUGGUGGUGGUGGUUGUACUAGAAAAGUUUCACAAAAAAUGACAAAAGUACAAUUAAAUCUGGUGGAUAAAAUUAAUCUUGGUAUGGUUGAUGAUUAUUUUCAACGAAAAUCAACAAAAUUACCAACAAAAAUUAUCAAUAUUUAUAAUCUGGUAUUUCAUAACAUACUACAAGAUCAUUUUGUUCAUAAUCAUUCACGUUAUUUUAAUAUGGAUAAUAUUAUUGAUGAUAAACAAUAUCCAUAUUUGGAAUUUGUAUUUGGUUUUGAAUUAUCCGUACGAAUGUCACAGAUUGGUUUAUCAUUGGUAAUAAAUCCACGUGUUGGUUGUUUAUUAACAAGAAAAAAACGAAAAUUAAUCGAUAUAAUCAAAUUAAUGCAAACAGAAUUUCCGAAAAAAAUUGAUUUCAAUUCAAUUAAUAGCCUAUUGAAAAAUAUAACCAUAUAUACUGAACAUGGUGAACGUAAACGUUAUUAUAAUUUUCAUUCAUUAUUACCAAAUGGACCGGAAUCAAUAUUUUUUGAAGAUGGUUGUGGUGAAAAAUUAUCCGUAUUUGAAUAUUUUAGUCAACGUUAUCAUCUUCAUUUGGAUGUACAGAAUCCAUUAAUAUUGGCCAAAUCAAAAAAUGAUCGUAAUAAUAAUAAGAAAAAUUAUCUACCAUUAGAACUAUGUUAUUUGGGAAAAUUACAAUUUAUUAAUCCAAACAAAUCAUCAAACGAUAUACAAACAGCAGCAUUGAAAAAAUCUGAAUUUAAACCGGAAAAUUUUUUCCAUUGUAUACAAAAUUAUAUUGAUAGAUUGAUUGAAAUUGAUUCAAAUUUAUUGAAUGUAUUUGGUUUACAAAUUGAUAAUCAACCAGCACUGUUUAAUGGUUAUCAAUUAGAACAACCAGAAUUUAUAAAUUCAAAUCCAUUUCGUAUUACCGAAUCAGGUUCGAAUGAAAAUUGGGCAUUAAUAUCAUUUGAUAAACAUAUCAAUGAUCGUACAUUGGAACGAUUUUCAUAUCAAUUAGAAAUGGAAGCAAAUAAAAUGAAUAUACAAUUGGGUUAUAUGGAACAGAAAAAAAUAUUUGAUAUACAUUCGAUUGAAGAAAUAAGUCCAGUAUUUUCCGAACUAUAUCGUUUGAAUAUCCGGUUUUGUUUGGUUAUAAUACCUGAUCGAAAUUCACAUUUAGAUCCACAAAAAAUCUAUGGUGCUUGUUCAUCAGUUUGUACACAGGAUUUUAGUAUAACAUUACAAUGUUUAAAUGCAUCACGUGUACGUAAUCCACCACGUGGUUAUUUUACCAAUUUAUUAUUCGAAAUUAAUGGUAAACGUGGUGGACAGAAUCAAGUUAUAUCACCGAAUUUUCUACGACAAAAAUUACCAAAUAUAAAUUUUGAAAAAACAAUGGUUAUUGGUUUGGAUGUUAAUCAUCCAGGUUUUCGUGAAGUAGUACCGAUAUCGAUUGCAGCUGCUGCCGGUACAUAUGAUCCGCAGCUAACACAAUAUAUAAGUACAGCACGUAUACAAAAACUUGAUCGUACCGAAAUGAUACAUCAUUUGGAUGAAAUGAUUAAAGAAUUAUUAGCACAUUAUUAUCAUCAUAAUGAUAAACAAUUCCCAGAACAUUUAAUAAUAUUUCGUGAUGGUGUAUCCGAAGGACAAUUUGAUACUGUAACUAAAGAAGAAAUCCCUUUAAUACGUAAAGCAAUUGAUGAGAAAAUUACUCGAAAAACUGGUAAACAAGUAUCAUUAACAUUGAUUAUUGUACAAAAACGUCAUCAUACAAGAUUUGUAACAACCGAACCAUAUUCAAUAAAUCGUUCUGGUCGUAUGACAAGAAAUGUACCAAGCGGUACUAUUGUUGAUAAUACAAUUGUUGAACCAAAUUUUGAUAUAUUUUAUGUGAAUUCACAUUUUUCAAUUCUGGGUACAUCACGUCCAACAAAAUAUUUUGUUUCGGUUAACGAAUUGAAUUUAUCGAAUGCCGAACUACAACGUUUAUGUUUUUUUGUUUGUUUUAAUUGUGUACGACAUAAAACACCAAUGUCAAUACCGACACCAGUUAUGUAUGCUGAUUUAUGUGCUUAUAAAUCAAAAAUUCAUAUAAUGUAUCGAUUAUCUACUGAACGAACAUAUAAUGAUGAUGAUAUUUUGGAUAUUGAUUUUGAAUUUGAAGACCCGUUGGAUUCAUCCAAUCGUUCAGCUGAAUCAUUGGAAAAAGAACGUCGUCAAAUUCAACGUUUUCAACAAUGGGUUCGAAUACCGGAUAAUUCAAAAGAUUGUUUGUUUUUUGUUUGAAAAAAAAACUUUCUCAAAAGUUAUUUUCACAUUUUCAUUUCACUUUUUUUGGUUAAAAUAGAAUUUCUAAUUU